GACUAGUCAGUGUGAAUCCAUGUGCUCCAAUGAAUACAGCUGCCACACAGAGCGGAGGAUAUCAUAACUUCUUUAAGACAAGGGAAGCAGCAGUGACUCAGUAAAACACUUCACUCUGAGGUGGAGGACUGCUCAUAAACUGUCAUGGCUCCCAGCUUGGAGCAGGCGUACAGGAGGAGGUGGUGGAUGGCCGUGACCUCCAUCGUUGAAAACCUGCUCUUCUCUGCCGUCCUGCUGGGAUGGGGCUCGUUCCUCAUCAUGCUGAAGAACGAAGGCUUCUACUCUCACCUUUGUCCUGAAAACGAGACUGUCGGCAACGUCAGCUACAGGGACGCAGGUCUUUGGCGGAGUUGUGUGGAGCAGGAGGAGAUGCUGAAUCUCGGCUUCACCAUUGGUUCAUUCCUCUUGAGCGCUGCGACUUUACCUCUCGGCCUCCUCAUGGACAGGUUUGGGCCCCGGCCUCUGAGGCUGAUCGGCAGUUUGUGUUUUGCAGUCUCCUGUGCAAUGAUCGCUGGCGCUGCUUACAACCCCGAAGUGCUGUCCGUCCUCAUCUUCUUCGCUGUCUCCUUCAACGGCUUUGGAGGAAUCUGUCUGACCUUCACCUCACUCACGCUGCCCAACAUGUUCGGGAACAUUCGAUCCACCGUCCUCUCCCUGAUGAUCGGCUCCUACGCCUCCUCGGCCGUCACCUUCCCCGGCGUCAAGGUGAUUUAUGACCUCGGUGUGUCUUUCCGGGCCAUCAUGUGGUUUUGGGCGAGCAUGGCCUGCCUGGUUUUCUUCAACUGUUUCCUGAACUGGCCGUCUGAGUCCUUCCCUCCUCCCGAAGACGUCAGAUACACGAACAAGUUCAGAAGGAGCGAGGUUGCAGCUGGUGAUAAUUUAACAGGGGGCCAGUACAUCAGCCCGGUCACCAUCAUAGAGGACACGACGGGGUCCAAGCAGCCAGGACCUGAGCAGACUGACCCCCCCGGCAAAAGCCAAGCUCCGGUCCCGCUCUGUCGUUCUGUUUGUUCUCCCAUCUUCCUGUGGAGUGUCAUCACCAUGGCGAUGACCCAGCUGAGGUUGAUCUUCUUCAUGGGCGCCUUGAAUAAAUUGGUGGAGUUCCUCGUCAUCAGCGGCAGCCACAAAGUCGCGGAGGAGCUGCAGGAGGAGGUGAAGCAUCAAGUUGGUUUCUACUCGUCCAUCUUCGGGACGAUGCAGUUGCUGUGUCUCGUGACCUGUCCUAUGAUUGGCUACAUCAUGGACUGGAGGAUGAAAGAGUGCGAAGAGGAAAACGCAAAGACGCGAACAGACGGCAGUCAAUCAGAUCCCCCAAAGAGAGAUAGAAAGAUCCAGAAACUGACCAAUGCCAUGAGAGCUUUCAUCUUCACCAACUUGCUAUUGGUCACCUUCGGAAUAAUUUCAAUGAUUGACAACUUGCCCUUACAGUUGGUGUCGUUUGUUCUUCACACCGUAGUGAGAGGAUUCAUCCACUCCUGCUGUGGAGGCCUCUACGCUGCUGUGUAUCCAUCCAACCACUUUGGGACCCUGACAGGUAUGCAGUCCAUGAUAAGUGCUGCAUUCGCCUUACUCCAACAGCCUCUGUUCGUUUUAAUGCUGGGACCCCUCAAUGGAGACCCUUACUGGAUCAAUCUGUGCCUUCUCAUCUUCUCCCUGACUGGCUUCCUGUUGCCAGGAUAUCUGUUCUAUCACCAGAGAAAUCUGAUCAGGACCAAGUCCCAGCACGAGAAAGAGAACGUUUCCCUGGCUCAGUCAGAAAAUGGUAGCAUGAAAGGUCAUGCAAACUGGCAUUCAGCUAAUGGACACUGACAUGUAAGGUUAAAUGAUCAAUGUACAGUUAAAGGUUUUUGCAUAACUCAGACUUUUCCAUAUUUCUGCAAAAAAACAAACCAAAAAAAAUGACAAAGAGUAGACAAAGAACCCACUUAGAACACAUGAAACCGAAAUAUUACACGUGUUCAGGAGUUAAUAUUACAAAUCAGAAACCUUUAGGAUUCCAAGUCAAUUUCCAGGUCUAAUCGGGGUCCACGUGUUCAGAAGUGUUUCCAUCAAUGAUGCAACUAGUUUAGUUGCAUCAUUGCAAUGUUUGUGUUGAAGUGUAUGAUGACAACAGAUGAAAGGAGCUUUGUGAGGAGCUCAGAUAUAAAGAGUUGUUGUUGCUCAUCAGGCUGGAAAAGGUUCCACAACCAUCUCUAAAGAGUCUGGAAGCCACAA